AUGUCAUGUGAAUGGCCCAACUGGUUAAAGAGCGAGAUGUGUACAUCAAAGAUACCAGGAAACUGCUCUAUGACGAAAAUAUCACUUUCUAUUUCUAGGCAACAUGAAGUUCAGGACAGGCACACACGCACACGCACGCAUAUACCAACACCCACACAUACAGACACACAGACAGACGCACAGACUCACACAUAUAUAUAUAUAUAUAUAAUACAAAAGAGCAUGGGGGAAAGGGAAAAAGAGCAGGCAGGUAAUACUAAGAAGCUUCUAGCCUUCCGGGCUGUAAAUAACAACAAGCAAUACGGGGGGGAGAGGGCGGGAGGGGGACGGGAACUGAAUUACCCGAGACACACCUUCAUAUGA